AUGACCUCCAACUACUUCGGUCCGCCUCUGGACGGCCAUUACCACUAUGGUUCGCAACUGGCGCCUCAGGUGCAACAAACCGCUCUGUCAAACCCUCAGCACCCGCCUUGCUACUACCACCACCAGCCCCAGUACCCCGUGUCGAUGCCUCCCGCGAACGCGCCGAUCGCCAUGCCGUCUAUGGGCACGGCGUGUGUCGCAGUGCCGUCCCACGCACCCCAACAAUCUGAAUGGCGUCCUCUCCCAUUCAACUCGGUCUCGGCUUACUUCGCCGUCCCCUCGGCGGCUUACUACCCGCUGCCCCCCCAAGCGCACGCCCCAUCCGUGACCCACAGGCGCCAUGCGUUCGCCGGACCUUCGCCAGCGAGCCAUGAUACGUGGUCGAGGAAGGCCGCCGAAGUCCAUCGCGACACUCGCACACGCUGGGGAUCCCAUGAUUCGUUGUCCUCGGUCGUGUCGCAGCCCGGGUCGGAAUCGUGGGUACAGCACACGCACCCCGCCGCCGCCGCUCGUGAUCGCUGGACCGAGCAGUCGAGGCAGAUGCAAGCGCGUGAGCACCCGGAAUCCUUUGUGCGCUCCAUCUGGAGUCGAGAGGAGUCUGGUGAGAGCUUCAUCCCAGUUAACGGACCCGCGGCUGAAGACGCGGUGAUGGACUUUGAAGAGGUUAUCAGCGUCGACCAGCACGAGCCCAUCGUCAUCCCCAACGCGGACCCUUCGGCACUCAUCGAUUACGACCUCAUCGUGCCCAUGUCCGCCGUUCCUCCCCCUCCCCCUAUCGAGCACUCGGCCGUCCCCUUGGCUGAUCUUGCGGUGGAGAUGGUGUGGGACGCGUGCGCGCGUGGCGCCAACGGUUCACCUGCGAGGGCUAGUCGUCAAAUUAUUCAUCAAGGACGUUCGCGUGCGUCGUUGCUCAACGACUCGCAAGACGACGUCGCCCUCCCUGCGGCCCGUAGUGGGUCGCGCUCGUUCCCGCAGACGCCCGAACUCUUCUAUGGUGCGAUCGGUGAUGGCCGUGCGCCCCGCAAGAUCUCGGACCUGUCCUUGGAUGGUGGCUACGUCAGCGACGAGUCGAGUCCCGGCAGCUCCGCUCCUGGAACGCCGGAAAACGUUCGCUUAGCCAGCCUCGGUUUUGCCUACCCCUUCGUAGGCGAACAGCUCCAGACGCGCCAGAGCGCCAAGAUGGCGACGUCGUCGGACGAGGACAUGCUCCACAGCCCCGUCGACGUUAUCCGCACGAACGGUCGCCGCCUUAGUAACAAUAACAGACCGAUGCCACUCGCGUUCCCUGCGGACCCGACCCCCGCCUUCCGUCAGUUCGUGAGGCAGCUCUUGACGACGACGCUCGUCGCGCCCGAGGACAUUGCGCUCGCCUUGCACUUUGUCUCGCGCAUCCCUCGAUCGUCGAUCAUUCCGCCUGCCAAAGCCGAAGAUGGCGCAGAGGGCUGCACGAAUGCGCUCAAGUCGGCGCCGUACAAGAUUCUGCUUGGUGCCUUGAUGCUGGCGAACAAGACCCUGCAAGACAACUCGUACCGCAACGAAACGUUCGCCGCCGUCUCGGGCAUCCCGCUCAAGGACGUGAACGAUCUCGAGAUCCACGUCUUUGGCUCUCUCGGUUUCGAUGCCUCAAUCGAUGGCGCCGUAUGGGCAGCUUGGCUCAACGAAAUGUCGCGUCGUGCUUCGCUCGGUCGCGGCAACAUUGGCAACACAGUCGAAGUCGAUGCGGCCAUCCAGCGACUGCAACGCGCGAUCGCUCGUGGCUCCGACACGUCCUCAACGCCGUCGUCGCCUCUCGUCGGUGUUCCCAUGGUCCUUAAUGUGGCUCAGAGCCUUCGCACGGCCGAUUCGUUCAAGUUCCUCCCGCCUAUGGCAACGCCCCUGAUGCAAUGCCGCAACGCCGCGUUGCUCGAACUCGACAUGGACGCUUCUGGACCUUGCCGUCCUGCUGCUGCUCGUCGCUCGACCUGGCUCGACAGAUCGCCUACGCUCACCGUCGCGAUGCCGUCACGUCAUCAAUAUGUCGUCUGA